AUGGAAGACGAUCUACUUGCCAUGGACAAACUAGAUUCGAGGAGUGAUGAUGGCCGGCGAUGUUUGAGAUCUAGGAUGAUGGAUGAAGCUCGCAAACCUCAUGAGCACGGAAGAGAGUCGAGAAAUGAGUUACUCGAGCGUAUUGAGAAGAAGACAAUCGAAUAUGGUCAGCUGUUACUGCAGGCACAGCAGCUUGUGGCCAUGAACAAGCCUGCAAGUCGAGAUCACAAAAGCCUUGUCAAUUUCAUUGAAAACUAUCCAAACCUGCUUGCAGAAGGUGAUGACGAAUUUGCUUAUCACAAAGAGGACCUUGUCACUCUUAGAAGCGGGCGUGAAUAUGCCUGGCUGGACGCCACCGUGGAGCGUAUCCUACAGUUGCUUCCUACUAAGCCCACAAAGGAGACUCGCCUGAAAACCGAUGAUGAUUUUGUUCUGUACUUCACACGCUCACGCAUUAAUUUUGUGGUGACCCUCAUCAUCACACUUCUGAUUCUUACUCUCUUGAUCGUUCCGAUUUGGCUACUUUACUAUUUUACCGUUUCACUCGCGAACAGCGCUACAGACAGAAUUAGUAUUGUCAUCUUGCUCGUCAGCACGCUUCUUUUCUCCGGCAUCCUCGCAUUGUUUACGAGGGCGAGGCGUCAUGAGAUUUUCUUUGCCGCAGCCAGGUAA